AUGCUUCUAUCAAGAUGUACAAGGUUUGGUAUAAGGUCCGUUCAUUUUCCUACUGCACAUUUGGAUAAAGGUCGUGUAUCAUGGAAAGUAGCAUUGGACCCCAAUACACCGAAAGAAAGAUCCGUUAAAGCAUUCAAAAGUUCAUUGCACAACACCAUCGAGCGCAAUGCAUGGCCCUCAGAGUCUUCGCCGGAAAGAGAGGUCCUCAUAGAGUUAAUUAACAAUCUCUCACUACCCCACGACACCCUAAAGAAACAAAUUCGAAAAUUGUAUCAAAUGAUUUUUCAACACAGAGUCAGUGAUGAAGAUAUAUACAAGGCAAUAACGAAGUUCAAUUCGCGCACAAUUGUUAAUGUCAUCACACCCAAACCAAUUAAUUUGAAAAAAGAAUUACAGAACCUUAAGGUAACAGCAGAAAAGUAUGAAAAAGAGAGAGUACUGAAAGAACAAAAUCUGAAUGAGAAAUCGUUAUCGAUUAAUAAUGGAAUAAGUACCAAGAUGCAACAUGAGGUUGUUAACAGACAUCAAAAACCACCUGUAAAUAAUGCAAAGAAAGAAACGACGACUGAAACCAUUACAGAUCGCGACAUCAAUGCACUUAAAGAAUUUCUUGAGAAGGCUGAGAAGCAAGAGAAUGAAAUUAAAAAAUUUGUGCUCGAGCAACAAAGGAAAUACCAAUGGUCUCAUAACAAAGGUGCACCGACCCAACUAACUCCAGGAUCUCUAUUAUUUCAAAAACGCAUUCCUUCUGCUCGUAUAAGGAAGGUAUCUCCUUUCAUACCGCGCCUAGUUGAGUAUGAACGGUUAAUUCAUCCAUUUUCUUCCACUGAACUAACAAAAUUCUUAUCUUAUGACGUCGAGAAAUCAGUCUCAAAAGUGGAGCCAUAUGAUUCUACCUUCCUUGUUCACAUCCAAAAGAAAGAUCUUUUUGGUGUGAUAAACUGCGGUAGGAUUCCACCAGAACAAUUACUUGAAAUUAUCAAUCAAUAUGAAAACCAAGGAUGGAAAUUAUUUGGCGACAAUUCAAAAGGUAGCUACGAGGUAGUGUUCACAAAGAAAGUUGUAACUCCACCGUUAAUUGGAAGAAAUGGUAAAAUCGCACUGGGAUUAGCAAGUAUUCUAACUGGAUGUGCAUUUUUCCUACCCCCACUAUAA